UUGAGGUUGCAGUUAAAAAGUCACCGUCUUUAUUUUUUAUUUUUUCAUUUUUUAUUCCUUUCAUGUCUUUCUUUUUUUUUUUUUGGCAAAAAUUAACAAUGAUAGAGAGAUACUUUAUCUUAGUUUUCACAGGCUUUGAUUCUUUGAGGAAAUGGGUAUGGUAGAUUUUGCUUCUUCGUUGUGAAUUUCAGGUGGGUGCUCGAGGUUUUCGUUUCUUGAGGAGUCUUGUAGUUCACCUUAGGAAUUAUCAAAAGUCAGUGAGAUUCUGACCGUUUCAACCAAUCGUUUGAUGAGUUAGUGAGCUUUCGGUAGCUGUUGGUUUGGUAGAUACAAGGAAUUUAUGUGAACUGUUAGCGUUUGACUGUUAUUCAAUUGUCUUUAUAGAAGCUUUUACCUGGUUUAAAUUUAAAGAUUGAGGAAACAAAAUCCCUUUUAUUUACUGUUCACUUUGUUCAAGAUCAACAGACUUUUCUGUGGAGCGAAAAAAUCAUGAAAUUUCUAAGCCUCGUGGGUAAUUCCUUCGGUUGUUCUGCAUCUGGGGAACGUUUAGUUUCUGCAGCAAGAGAUGGAGAUCUUCAAGAAGCUAAGGCUUUGUUGGAAUGCAAUCCAAGGCUUGCAAGGUAUUCAACCUUUGGAGUUCGAAAUUCUCCGUUACAUUACUCUGCAGCUCAAGGUCACCAUGAGAUAGUUUCCCUCUUGAUUGAGUCUGGAGUUGACAUUAAUCUGAGGAAUUAUCGGGGUCAGACUGCUUUGAUGCAAGCUUGUCAACAUGGUCAUUGGGAGGUUGUUCUGAUUCUGAUGCUUUUUAAAGCCAAUAUUCACAGAUCAGAUUACCUUAAUGGGGGUACUGCACUCCACUUGGCUGCUUUGAAUGGCCAUACUCGCUGUGUGCGCCUCCUCCUUGCAGAUUACAUACCUAGCAUCCCUGAUUGUUGGAAUAUAUUGAGGGAAAGAUCAAAUGACAGUGAACCAGUCUCAGAGUUUGAUGAAUGUGCUCUGCAUGAAGUAAUUAAUAGAACUGCUGAUGGAGGCAUGACUGCUCUGCACAUGGCAGCACUAAAUGGGCAUGUUGAAACUGUCCAAUUACUCUUAGAUUUAGGAGCUUCUGCCUCUGAGGUCACUGUGGAAGAUGGAACCACUAUUGAUCUAAUAGGUGCUGGAAGCACAGCUCUUCACUACGCUGCAUGUGGUGGUAAUGCACAAUGUUGUCAAAUUUUGAUUGCCAGGGGUGCCAGUCUGACAGCUGAAAAUGCAAAUGGAUGGACACCAUUGAUGGUUGCUCGGUCAUGGCGUAGAAAUGAACUUGAAGAGAUGCUUAGUACACAGCCAGAAUAUGAGCCAAAAAUGUGUCCUUCAACAUAUUUAUCACUUCCCCUUAUGAGCAUUAUCAAAAUUGCUAGAGAAUGUGGAUGGAGGAACAAUGAUUUGCUAACCACCUGCAAGGAUCCAUGUGUUGUUUGUCUGGAAAGGGCUUGCACAGUCGCUGCAAAAGGCUGCGGUCAUGAAUUUUGCACGUGGUGUGCAUUAUAUCUCUGUUGUACAUUUUGCACCUCAGCUGCUGCUCAAGGUCCUCCAGGCUCUGUUACCUGUCCUCUCUGCCGACACGGCAUAGUUUCGUUUGUGAAGCUUGCAGAAACAAGGCGAAUGGUGAAGACAAUUGGCAGAACAAGUUUGUCGCUGUCGUUCUGCUCAUGUUCGGUUGAGGAGCUAGAACCCACUUCAGUGAUCACUCCACUUUGCAAGCCAGAUUUUGGUUGCGCUAGAAUAUCCCCUCUUUCCUCUUCUUUUCGCUCUUUAAGUUGCCAGAAGUUCCCAUCAAUGAAAUUCAAUACUAAAGGUUGCUUAGGAACUCCAGACACAUGCCCUUCUUUAGUUCCUUGUAAUAUUGACCGGAACCUCCGCGAAAAACUGGUGAGGUGUUCAAGGUUAAGACUCGGACGAUCAACUUCUAGCAAUGCCGCCAGGCGCAGAAGGUCUUGGCUAUCAGCACUCAAUGAAUAUGUAACUAUUGGAACUGGAAGCUGAUAUUUCAUUCAAUUAUUUUAUUUGCUUUUUCGAUUUCUUUCAAUUUAUCAAUUUAAAAGAGAGAGAGAGAGAGAGAGAGAGAAAUUUUCCCACCAUUUCUUUUUGUCCAUAAUUUCAGCUUGUAAGUUGCAAUCUUGGGUGUAAAUAUGAAAAGCAUCUGGCAAGCGGCAACCAUAUAGGAUGAGCUCAGGAUUUAGCUUUUCUUUUGGUGCUCAAAACAAGUGAAAUGUUGUUUAAAUGUUUAUUCUUGUACCUUGUCAUUCCAUUUAUUUUUCCAUCUUGA